UGCUUCAAAUAUGAGUUUAUGUGUAUGCGAUCAGAAGGUAUUAAGUAGUGUAAUAUAGUGUUCACAAACAACAUUUAUUAUUACUAUUAAUAAUAAUAUGACUAUCUCAUAAAGCAUAGAUUCUCAAUUUAUUUAAAGUAAUGGGAGUUAUUCCAAGAGGUUUAAGCAAUUUCUGCUGAUUAUCACCAAUAAAUUAUGAUGAGGUGAAACUUUGCAUAUCAACAUGUCAUUCUCUGAGUACAGUAGGAGUGAAAGAACAGCCAUCAUUUUAUUUAUCAAAACAAUAUGAAUUUAAAGUCGUUAUGAAUGCUUCAAUUAAACGUGAACGUAUAAAACCUUCAUCAUCUUCACUACGUACUACAGCUAGUAGUAAUUAUAACUUUGCUACACGUCUAAAAAAUCGUGUAUGUUCAAAUUCUUGCUUAAAAAUAGUUUAUUUAUCCUGUGCUACAUUAAUAUCUGCCAGUUUCAUCAUCGAAUGUAUUCUACUUCAUUUAAUUAUUGUGCCAUAUUUAUCUGAAUCAAUAUUUGAAGAGGGUAUGUGUCAGUAUAGUGCUUCACGUCGGGAAGAGUCUAGUAAACGCUGUGAAAACAAGUGUUCUAAAGAACGUUCCACUUUUCCAUGUCUUCAAAUAAUAGUUAAAUUCACACCGAUUCGUACAGUCCCUUAUCAAGUAUUGAAACAAAAGACUAACAAUAACAUCAAUAAAAAUAAGGAAUUAAUGAAACAGUAUAUGGAACAUGAGAAUUACGAAAAGUCAUUAACACCUAUGCUGAGUAAUACUGCAUCAGAUUUAUCCAAUUUCACUAAAUAUUAUGAUUCAACAGAGUCUCGUAUGGUUUAUUUAUAUGAUUAUUUUAGUACAUUUGCUGCUCAUAAAACUAGUCAAUGUUCAACAAGUCCUUGUCAUAGACGUGAAGAGGAUAAUAAAUUAGCUGUUGAAGAAUUCAAACGUGAUUUAAGUCGUCGUCAUAUAUUUCACUGUUAUGCUCGUCCAAAAACACCAAUGACCAGUACACAAAUCGCAAAUAUACAAACUACAAGUCAACAUUCAGUAUCAUCAUCAUCCUCUUCAUCAUUUCCAUCUUUACCAUCAUCCACGUCUUCGUCUUCUUCUACUUCCCCUCCAUCUUCGUCUUAUAUCUAUUAUAAUUUAAACGAUUCAAAGAUAUCUAGUAGAUAUCUACCUCUGAUAUCAUCAGAUCCAAAAGAUGCUGCAGCUAUCCUUCAUCGGUUGUAUACACCAUCGAUGUUUAUGCAUAGUCUUUUAUGGCCUGGUGGUAUAUUUUUAACUGCUUUACUCAUUUUAUUAUUCACAUAUUUCACUGAUUCAUGCGAAGCAUGGGCUGGUGAUAAAACAGUUAUAGCCUAAAUGAGGCUAUGCAUGAUGAUGAUGAUAUGACAAACAUGUUUUUGUUUUUUUUCUUGCUGUUUAAUAUAUUUUCACUUUUUCAAGCAAGAUGUAAUUAUCUACUGUGGAUCUGUUGUCUCAAAUUAUUAUUUUAUUCAAUUAUCACAUUAUCAAGUGAAAAUUAACGAAAUUAUACAAAUGACAACAACAACAACAAAUAACAACACUGGAAAUUGCCGAUGUUGUUUUCUUCUUCGUAAAACUCUGUUCUUUCAAAUAAUAUUCAAGUAUAUUAUGUAAUAUAAGUCUUCAUGUUUAUGUAUGUGUAACAACUACCAGUGGUGAAGUUGUUCGUUGUGUACUUCAUUUUGUGUUUACCUCAUAAACUCUCUUUUUUUCACCUUCAUUCUCUCGCUGUCUCACUCUUCAGUUGUCCUUCCGUCUUUCUCCUUAAGACCUUAAUUUGUUUAUUUAUUAAUUUAUACAUACGUUGAAAGUUAAAGAUUUAUUGUCAAUUGUUACCUAACUCUUAUAUCCAGAUGGACUUGCUAAACUGACAAAACAACAAGUGAAUAUAUAUAUAUAUAUAUAUAAA